GGCGCUCCCAGCCGCCCGCCCGCGGUGGUAUUGCUGCUUCCCGCCGCCGGGAGGGAGGCGGCAGUGAGGGGAAGGAUCCGUGGAGGAGAGGGGCGGCGGUUGGCGCUGGCUUGUCCCAGGGCUCUGCGGGAGUUGCGGGGUCUGGGGAAGGAGCUUGGGGGGAAACAACAGUGGCCCCGCCGUGUUACGAUACUUGUGAAAGAUGGUGGAUCGCUUGGCAAACAGUGAGGCAAACACUAGAAGAAUAAGUAUAGUGGAAAACUGCUUUGGAGCAGCUGGUCAACCCCUGACUAUUCCUGGUCGUGUUCUGAUUGGAGAGGGAGUACUAACAAAGCUGUGUAGGAAGAAGCCAAAAGCAAGGCAGUUCUUCCUGUUCAAUGACAUUCUUGUUUAUGGCAAUAUAGUCAUCCAGAAGAAGAAAUACAAUAAACAGCACAUAAUCCCACUAGAAAAUGUCACUAUUGAUUCCAUCCAGGAUGAGGGAGACUUACGGAACGGGUGGCUUAUCAAAACACCAACAAAGUCUUUUGCGGUUUAUGCUGCCACCGCUACAGAAAAGUCUGAGUGGAUGAACCACAUUAAUAAGUGUGUUUCUGAUUUGCUUUCCAAAAGCGGGAAGACUCCUAGCAAUGAACAUGCAGCUGUCUGGGUACCGGACUCAGAAGCCACUGUGUGCAUGCGCUGUCAGAAAGCAAAAUUCACGCCCGUCAACCGUCGUCACCACUGUCGCAAGUGCGGCUUUGUCGUGUGCGGGCCUUGCUCUGAAAAGAGGUUCCUGCUCCCAAGCCAGUCCUCCAAGCCUGUGCGGAUUUGCGACUUCUGCUAUGAUCUUCUUUCUACUGGGGAGAUGACUGCUUGCCAGUCCACUAGAUCAGACUCCUACAGCCAGUCGCCUAAAUCAUCUCUAAAUGAUGUAUCUGAUGACGAUGAGGAUGAAGACAGUAGCGACUGAGGACCAGAUGUUUUUUUUUUUCCCAUGUGUUGCAAUUCGUUUCAAACCAUAUGGAGCUGCUUUUGGGGAAGUCUGUAGUGAGGUUCCUCAGAAAAAAAAUCCUGUUCUAGCCAUAAAAUAUGCCUGAAUAUCUUCAAUUACAAUGUGCCUCAAUCUAUGAAUUCUCUAGACAAUAGUUUUUUCACUCCUCUGCAGGGAUAGGCUGUUGCAAAUGUUAUCAGAAUAUUUUCCAACUUCUUAUACUUGUGUCUAGGUUAGACUUUUGUGGAAGAUUGGAGAAUAAAAUGUACUUUCUUAAUUUAACAACCCAUACUUCCUAAUGCUUCAUAUUGCUAUGUUGUUAAGUGGGAUUUUUUUCCAGAUAUGGAGAGGAAGACUAAGCAUACAUGGAACAGCGAUGUUUUGGUUAAUCCCUUAGACCAUCUUGUGUUUAUCUAACCAUGGUAUAUAAUGAGUUGAAAUGUGACAUAACAUGCAAUCCUAAAUGUCACAAAACUUGGAAAUUGUCUUGUUUUGCUCUUAUUUAUGACUUCCUAUGCCAAGCAGUGCCUUGUACCAAUUGUGCUGAUUCAGGAAGAAACACAUCUAUUGUGUUGUCUGUAUUUGCCUGAUGCCGAUAUCUGAGAGAUUGUUGGUGCUAUUGAAAAUAACUGCUGUGUUCAAAGUGGAGCUUUGAUAAGGUCAUAACUGUACCCAGUGGUGGGUGAUGAAGACCCAAAUCACACAUUCUCACCUGUGCAGGCAGACCCCAAGACUCCGUUGAUUCCCACAGGCUGCAGCAGGGUUCUCCUAGCAGGAGUUGCAUUGCAGGUUCAGGAUCUUGAGAUGAGAAGCUUAGUGUGGCUCUUCAUGGGGAUUUAUAUAUUUUAUUUUCAGAGCAGUUUCUAAGUUUCAAAUUUGGCAAAUGCAUUAGCUGGGUGAUAGAGCAUUUGGAUGUGAUAGCCUAUAUAUUUUUGGAAAUAGCUCCCUAAAAUAAUACUAAAUUUUUUCUUAAAACAUUGAGGAGAGGGUCAGGUUUCCCCCCAUCCCCCAGGAGUUUUAUUGGCUUGUUUAGAAAGAGCCUCAUUAUUUUGAACAAAAAGCCUGCAAGUAUCCUUACAAAAAUUGGCUUUCCUUUUUACACAGCUGACCUCAGGAUAAAUGUGAGAUGCUUGUUAUUUCAUUCUAAAUGUAUACCCAGGACCAAGAAAGAUGUAUUUAAGAACUGUAAUGAAGUCGUCAGUGCAGAAAAUAUCUGUGAUAAUAUUCUUUUUUAUUUUUAAUAAGUUCUUGUAUACAGAAAUGUCAUGUUCCCAUAUAAAUGUCAAAGUUAGAUUUGCAAAGACAUGUUAAACCCCCAAAUACUAUGUUUCUAUAUUUUUAUAAUGGUAGUGUCAAUUUUGAAGCAGAAAAACCUCUUUGAAAUAGUUGUAUGAAUGUACAACUGACUUUAUAAAAAGUUACACUUUUAUAUCUCCGAGUGACAAUUUCUGCACUGUUUGCCUUGGUUGGCAAUAAUUGGGUUAAAUAUUUAUUGAAUAAACAAUCAAUGCUGCA